AAAGCUUUGUUUUCAUGUUCGCGUCAUGGAGCGCUCACCAGAGGGAGCAAGCUCCAAGAAACCCCCCCGGCGAUACGCGUUCGCGUGCAGCAACUGUCGGAAGAAGAAGAUACGUUGCGAUGGGGCACAGCCAGAGUGCACUUCCUGUGCCCGUGCGGAAGAGGUCUGCCAGUAUCCCAAGAAGCGUAUGGAAGCGCAGCUAGCGCAGGCUCAAAAACGUAUCCAAGAACUCGAGUCUGAGUUGCUAGAAGCACGAUCUAGUAGCCCUUAUGGCAGCCAGCCCGCAUCAUCUCCUGGGGCACUAUAUUCUGACUCGGAACAAGACUAUUCUCUGUACUCCCAAGUUGGGUUCGAUGACAAAGGAUCGAUCACUUAUCAUGGGCCGACUUCGCGCUUUCAAGAAUCUGCUUUCGAGGAUGACGAUGACGAGACCCUAGAAGAAGCAGCCAUCGUUCGGGAGAGGCUUAAAGAAUCCUCUCAAAAGCACUUCAAAACAACGUACGAAGAUCUGCAGAAUCGAUGGCAACCGCUGUUGGUGAAGAAAACUGAGGCCGACUUUGGCAUUCCCACAGAUGUUGCGAUCCACCUUUUGUCCGCCUAUUUCACUUGGCAGAAUCCAUUUCACAAUUUCGUCUACAAGCCACUGUUCAUCAGGGAUCUAGCUGGAACUGGACCAUACUGCUCUAGAUUUCUGCUUACAUCGAUAUUUGCGCUUGCAGCUCGACACUGCAACCAUGACUCUAUCGUUUAUCAGGAUCAAGGUGAACGUUUUCUUGUCGCAGCUAAAGAGCUUUUAGUGCGAGAACUUGGUAGCUCCCGGCCUGCCAUCGCAACUAUCCAAGGCUUGCUGAUCCUAGGCUGUCGACAAUGUGGCAUAGGAAAUACGUCCGAAGGAUGGCUAUUCUCUGGCAUGGCACGUCUCAAUAUUCUUUUGACGUCCAAGUUACUGAACUAA